AUGUCUCGGCAAAUCGCUCGUUUGAAGGCCCAGCCAGAUCGAUCGAAGGACCAGAGGCAAAUGGGCAAGGCAAUCGACGCCCAAGAGACCUUUUCCAGCAUCGAGAGGAUCCCGACGGCCAAAGAGGCAUUGGCGACCGUGCUGCAAAACAGGAAUGCCGCAAUACGGGAAUGGAGUGGCUACGCCCACGCCCAAGCCCACGGAAUUCAAGUCCGACAAGCACGCAAUCCAGUUAGCUGCAAGACAUGCGAGCUGCAAGAUACGCAAGACAGACUCUCGACAGCUACGGGGCUGUGUCUGUGGCCCGCGCAGCUGAUGCAUGGUUCCCACCUCUGUCACCACGCCUUCUGCAUCAACCCUCUCCACAUUCUCUGGGCACUCGAUCUCAGGGUGCCGCAUCAGCAUCGAGCGGUGGGUGCUGAGCUCGAUCUUGCCGGGGUCCAAUUGCUGGCGCAGGUCGGUGGCUUCGUCGAACAACUCAACGCCGGCACCAGCGGCACCGCGAGCAUCCACUACUUUCAUCAACCCAGCACCCAAAGCCGCAGAAGCUACAAUCCCUUCAGCUCGGCUGCCGACGCGGUCGAUGCCAGGGACGCCAUCCAGUUGGCCAACGUGGCCACAGAUCUUGAGCGUGCCGUCCAACAACUGGAAGAAGGCAGGGCGAGGCUGGUGACCGACCAGAUGAGCGUCCUUCUGGCGAAGUACCGAGCCUACUCCCACUCCUUGCGGCCCUUGCGAUGGCUCUUUGACGGGGACACCUUCGACAAGGCCCUCAACCGCGACCGUAUCAGCAUCCUCAACACCCGAGUCCGAGAAAUCUACACCUUCAUCCGCGCGUACCUAGCCCAGCAGGACCGUGACCACCUCCUGAGAGACCUGGAGGGGACGCUCCGUGGCCAGCCGGACGCCUACACACAAGUGCACCAUCGGCACGAGCAGCUUCGCAGACGCGGACUCGAGCUCGAUAGGUACUUGAACCUGAUAGAGGAGAACCGCGUCGCCGAAGCAGCCCGAAUCCAAGCGCUCUGGCGUCCGCUUCCGACCGACAGCAGCUCGUCGUGCCAUUCCAAGACAUCUGAGAUGGCAAAGCAGCCGGCCUCGAGCCUCCGCAACCGCCAUCCAGAGGUGCUCGAAGCUGCCAAACACGUCCCUCCCAACCUGCCCGAUCCGCGUUGUCAAAUCUUACGAGGCACUGGUGUCUGA